AUGGAUAUGAACCAUCUCAUAGGUCAGCGUUUUAACCUGAUCUCCAAGAGUGACAUUCGUUAUGUUGGUACUUUACAUGAGAUCAACCCCGAGGCCUCAACAAUAGCCCUUGAGAAUGUCGUCUCUUUUGGCACUGAAGGUAGACGAGGAAAUCCCAAUGAGGAGAUUCCUCCGUCUGCCAGUGUCUACGAAUACAUCGUCUUCCGUGGGAGUGAUGUAAAGGACAUUAGCGUAGCUGAGGAGCAGAAGGAAACUGCACAGCCUGAACCUCCUCAGGUUCCUGAUGAUCCUGCCAUUCUAGGGAGCAUGUCUCGUCCUGGACCCGGCCCUCAAGGUCUUCCUCCUCGCUCCCAACCACUACCACAGCAACCUCAGGCUUCACACCCCGCACCUCCUGGAUAUCCUCCUCAGCAGGCACAGUUCCAAGGUCUCUACCUUCCUUAUGCGCAACGCUUUGGUGCUCCUGGCUUCCCUCCUGGACCUGGAUUCCCGAAUAUGCCGUAUGGUGCUCCACCUGGUUGGUAUCCUCCUCCCGGCCAGGGUUUCCUUCCAGGACCAGGACAGUUCCCUCAGAUGCCGAUGGGUGGCCCUGGCCCCCAUCAAACACCCCCUCCCCAGAAUCGAGCAGGAGCUCCGGGCGCGGGUCCUGUAAACGCACCAAAGCCAACUUCCGAGCUUCCGGCCGGUGAUCGGCCAACCAGUAAGCCCUCUAGCCGGAACGCCACACCUGCCCCUGCUCCAUCCGCACAGAAUCCCCCUCCUCCCCCCGUGGAGUCUAAGCCUUCCGUAACAGAAGCUGUACAAGCGUCUACUUCUGCUCAAAUUGCGCAGGCCGCUGCUCUUGGUGCUGGACCUGGAAGUGCGGCCAAGGCGCCUCCCACUGGACCCAGGAGCGGCCGUGUCCAGCCAGCAAUUCCAAUUGCGAUGCCAUUCAAGCCGCCUGGUUCGGCUGUAGCCAAUUCUACUGCUAGUGCACCCGUGAAUAAUGCUUCGCAAGGACCAGCGUUGUCCGCGAUCACGGAAGCUACCCGUGCUGCUACCGCUGCCGUCGCUGCUGCGAUGGCCAAGUUGCCGCAGCCCAAUGCUCAGAAGAAGCCUCAACUGGAUGCCGCUGUGGAGAGUGUGACGAAGCAGAUGAAUGAAUUGAAGACAUAUGAAGGUGGCCGUCCUCCCCGUGGUGGACAUCGCGGCGGACGUAGCACCCAGCGUGGUCAAUUCCAGGGACCGGCCAAGAAGGUCGAGGUUCCUGACACUGACUAUGACUUCGAAGGCGCAAAUGCCAAGUUUAACAAGCAGGAUUUGGUCAAGGAAGCCAUUGCCACUGGUUCUCCCGUGCUCGAAGCUGAACCACAUGUGCAGACCGACCAUGCCGAGGUGGCCGAUACUACCUCCAACGAUGCGUCGACUGGUGCGGCCAUCGCUUACAACCGGACCACCUCUUUCUUCGACAACAUUUCCAGCGAGGCUCGUGACCGCGAGGAAGGCACUGGCGGCCGGCCUGGUGGCCGUGAGUGGCGUGGCCAGGAAGAGAAGCGCAACAUUGAGACCUUCGGCCAGGGUAGUGUCGAUGGCUAUCGCGGCAACUACAGAGGUCGUGGCAGAGGAAGAGGCUACAGUGGCCGGGGACGCGGUGGCUAUGGCCGCGGAUACAACCCCAGGGGGCGUGGUGGUAACUACCGGGGACGCAGCACCACGCAGUCCACUGGUGUGCCUGCCCCAAUUUAA